AUGUUCUUGAACACAGCUUCUCCCCGGAGGUCGUUCACCAUCCCCAUCAAUAUCAACCUGCAGGGUGCUCGAAGGCGGCAGACACGAGAGCUGGUCCACACAGCAGCAGCACAGGAGCAGGAGUGGAGCAGAGGGCUGGAUGUGCGGGGGGGGCAGCAGCGAGCUAGGACCCAGACUCCGGUGUCGAGUGUUGGGGAGGACCGAGCCAUCCUGCUGGGCUUCGCCAUGAUGGCCUUCUCUGUGCUGAUGUUCUUUGUGGUCUGCAUCACUAUGGUCAAACCUUAUGUCAACAGUAACUGGGAGGAGAGGGCCCGCUGUGUGCUGCUGCAGGCUGACAUCCUGGAGGAGUGGGUGGACUGCAGAGGUGUGAGCACCGUACCGUGCCUCAGGGUGACGGUGAACCUCAGCGACUCCAAUCAGAUGGCUUCCCUCCACUUUGACGAGGAGUCUGUCCUCCUCGCUCCUGAGUGUUUUUACGUACCCAAAUGUCAGAUGGACAGAGCGGAACUGGAGGAUGAAGUCCUGAAAGUGAAGAGCAGCUUGGACAGUCAGAAGGGGAUCACCUCGUCGUGCAUUGCUGACCCCACGGGGCACCCCGGGGACGUCAUCCUAAACAGGAAGUUCACCCUGAGGAUCGCUCUGUUCACCCUACUGUGGCCCGGCCUGAUGCUGGGAGGCGGCGUUCUGCUUGUGGGGCUGGUGAAGCUGACGCAGUGCUUAGUCCACCUCUCCUCGGAGAUAAGCAGUCAGGCUGCAGAGGGCCGGCUCACAUCUAGAUAUACUCAGGGAAAACUGUACAGACUGCUGCGCAGGUCCAGCACCCAGACGCCUUCCUGA